GUGUGCUCGGUUGGAGGGUGGGGUCAGGCUGGCGCUGCCCGCAGCCUUCAGAACCGGAGAGCCAGCUGUGUGUCCAGAAACACACGAUUAAUGCCUUCUUCACACAGAUAACACCAGCAGAGCGCAGAGGACGCAGUGACAGAGCGGUGGAGUCAGCUUGUGUGGGUACUGUGUGGUGAAGCGGAGAGAGGUGCCUAGACAUGGCGGCCAACAAGGGUAAAAACCAGAGCUCCUUGGCACUACACAAGGUCAUCAUGGUGGGCAGUGGUGGGGUAGGCAAGUCGGCACUCACCCUCCAGUUCAUGUAUGAUGAGUUUGUUGAAGACUAUGAGCCUACAAAGGCAGACAGCUACCGAAAGAAGGUGGUGCUGGAUGGAGAGGAAGUGCAGAUCGAUAUUUUGGACACAGCUGGGCAGGAGGACUACGCAGCCAUCCGAGACAAUUACUUCCGCAGUGGAGAGGGCUUUCUGCUGGUGUUCUCCAUCACUGAGCAGGAGUCUUUCACGGCUACAGCAGAGUUCAGAGAGCAAAUUUUGCGUGUUAAAGCAGAGGAGGAUAAGAUACCUCUGCUGCUGGUGGGGAAUAAAUCUGACCUGGAGGACCGCAGGCAAGUGUCGGUGGACGAUGCUAGAGGAAAGGCAGAGGAGUGGGGAGUGCAGUAUGUAGAGACUUCUGCCAAGACACGUGCCAACGUAGAUAAGGUAUUUUUUGACCUCAUGAGGGAAGUGCGAGCCAAAAAGAUGUCGGAAAAUAAGGACAAAAAUGGAAAAGGAAAGAACAAGAAGAACAAGAAAAGCUUCAAGGAGCGGUGCUGUUUACUUUGAACUCCACAUGGACGUUUCCAUAUCAAAUCCACUUGCUACUUUGAGGAACACUCAAACAUUAAGAGCCUUUUCUUUAUUAAAAUCAAACGAUAAUUAGUAGUGUUUUUAUACUGGCAGGUAAUCACUGCCAAUGCCUUUCGUUCAGUUAUCCAUGCAAACUAUCAGAUCAAAAUCAAAUGCUCUUUUUUUUUUGUUGUUUUUUUUUUGUUUUUUUAACGGUUCAAGACCACUCCGUGGCUACUUUGUCACAGACUGUAGCACUUUAGGACUUGGUAACAUCAAGGUGACCAAUCUGCACCCAACACUAAUCUUUUUUUUUUUCCUUCUUCAUCUUUGUAAUUUAUUUUUAUUUCACAGUUUGGUCUAGCUCUAGAAUAUUUCAACUCUGUUUAUCUUGCAGCCUUAAAAAUAUAUUUUAGUUGUGGUUAUGAAUAAUUUUUAUUUCAUUUAUUCAAAAGAAAUCUUUAACACCUGAUGCCAAACAGUUCUUUGCAGAUUAAACAAAAUCCUCACAGCUUUUACACUUCUCAGAUGUUUACAUUCAAACAUCCCUGAGUUUUGAAACCUUCCACCUUAUGGAAAUAUAUUAGGUAGGAUAAAUGGUAGCAUCUUGAAACAAAAUACAGUACUGUGCAAAUUCAGAGACUACCCUUCAUUUACUUCAUUUCCAAUCAAAAUGGCCACAACUUAACAACUAAAUUUAAU